UAAGCACAACGAAAAACGGUUUAUUGGGUACAAUUUCGUUAUUUUUUAGAGAAGGAAAAUGAUCUUUAUCAUGUCUAGUAAUAUUAUGUACAUACGAAAAAUACAAAAAAAAGACAGAUAAUAAAUGCCUUAAACCAAUUAUUCAUACAAACUUGUCAAUAAUUAUCUAUGGUCGCGUAUAAAAUGUCUAACCGUUUGCAUAUUUUUCAGUUUAUUUGUUGCGUUCGGUUUUUCAAUCAUGUUGAGUUUCGGGGGUUUAGUUGCUGUUGUACUUAUAAUUGCAAUUUCUGAUGGAUUUAUUUUGAACCCCAAUCGGCACCGACCUUUUCGGCCGAAUAAGGAAAGUGGCCUAAAUUUAAGGGCAGAAUCUUCCGUUGUUUUAACACAUGUGAUGUUCAGACAUGGAAACCGAACGCCAGAGCUUUCAGAAUUAUACCCGAACGACCCUUGGCUCAAUUACUCCUAUUACCCUUACAAACACGGCCAGUUGACCAAUGUUGGUAAAAGACGAGAAUAUUCUAUAGGCCAAGCGCUCAGAGAAAGGUACGACAGCUUCUUUGGAGAACUAUAUAUUCCUGAUUUGGUUGAUUCAAGAAGUACCGACAGAAACAGAACAAAAAUGUCACUUUUGUUGACUUUGGGCAGCUUAUUUCAACCGAAAUGUGGUCAAGUUUGGUAUCCUGGGUUGAAUUGGCAACCUGUUCCUUACAACUACGUACCAGAAAAAGACGAUGCAGUUCUCUACGGCAUCAAAUGUCCAAACUACGAAAAAAUGUACGACGAAGUUCAAAACUCGCCCGAAGUUAGAUCAGAGUACGAGAAAUACUCUGCUAUUUUUGCGUACAUCAGCGAACAUUCCGGUUUGAACGUAACAAAGUUUCAAGACGUUUACGACUUGUACUUUGGCCUCUCCACCGAAGAGGAAUACGGGCUGAAGUUGCCCGAAUGGACUCGAGAAGUUUGGCCGGAUAUUGUCAACGAAAUAUCUUUCAAACAAUAUGGGAUUUAUACCAAGACUACUGGGUUGAGAAAAAUUGCAGCUGGUUACUGGAUUCAGAAAAUAAUUAACGACUCUGAAAACAAAAUCAAUUCAGCAAACAACGAUACCAAAAUUUACCUUUACUCUGCCCAUGAAAACAAUAUCGGACAACUUUUUGCCACUUUGGAUUUAUUCGAAUACCCACACAUACCUACUUAUGGUUCUUAUGUAUUAUUCGAAUUGCACAAUAUCAAUAAUACUCAUGGAUUCAAGAUUUAUUAUCAAAACUACAAUGGUACAACCACACCGAAGUUACUGAAACUGCCAGGUUGUGCUGAAUUUUGUCCUUUGGACGAAUUCAAGACUUUGGUAGCAGAGUAUUUGCCUGAAGAUGGUUUUUGUGGAAAUUGAAACGAAGCUUUCAGAGAAUCUAAUGCCAAAGGCCUCAAUGUUGCCAUACAUUAUAGUACAAAAUGAUUUUCUCACUUAUAAUGGAAUUUUCAAUAGUUAUUAAUUAUUAUUGUGGAAAUAAAAAUAUUUUGUUUAAUUUUAUUUGUUAAAAUGCCUAGCG